GCCUGCUGGCCAGCCUCCGGUCACGUGACGGCCGCGCAGGUGAGCACCGCUUCCGGGGUCGAGCGCCCGGAUCGCAGCCGGCUCCCGCUUCCACUCGGUCGAGUGCGCGGGAGACUAUGGCGUCCUCCUCGGUCCCACCGGCCACCGUACCGGCGGCGACAGCGGGCCCUGGCCCGGGUUUCGGCUUCGCUUCCAAAACCAAGAAGAAGCAUUUCGUGCAGCAAAAGGUGAAGGUGUUCCGGGCGGCCGACCCGCUGAUGGGCGUGUUCCUGUGGGGCGUAGCCCACUCGAUCAAUGAGCUCAGCCAGGUACCUCCCCCAGUGAUGCUGCUGCCAGAUGACUUUAAGGCCAGCUCCAAGAUCAAGGUCAACAAUCACCUUUUCCACAGGGAAAAUCUGCCCAGUCAUUUCAAGUUCAAAGAGUAUUGUCCUCAGGUCUUCAGGAACCUCCGUGAUCGAUUUGGCAUUGAUGACCAGGAUUACUUGGUGUCCCUUACCCGAAGCCCCCCAAAUGAAAGUGAAGGCAGUGACGGUCGUUUCCUUAUCUCCUAUGAUCGGACUCUGGUCAUCAAAGAAGUAUCCAGUGAGGACAUUGCUGACAUGCAUAGCAACCUCUCCAACUACCACCAGUACAUUGUGAAGUGCCAUGGCAACACGCUUCUGCCCCAGUUCCUGGGGAUGUACCGAGUCAGUGUGGACAAUGAAGACAGCUACAUGCUUGUGAUGCGCAAUAUGUUUAGCCACCGUCUUCCUGUGCACAGGAAGUAUGACCUCAAGGGUUCCUUAGUGUCCCGGGAAGCCAGUGAUAAGGAAAAGGUUAAAGAAUUGCCCACCCUUAAGGAUAUGGACUUUCUCAACAAGAACCAGAAAGUUUACAUUGGUGAAGAGGAGAAGAAAGUAUUUCUAGAGAAGCUAAAGAGAGAUGUGGAGUUUCUAGUGCAGCUAAAGAUCAUGGACUACAGCCUUCUGUUGGGCAUCCACGACAUCGUUCGGGGCUCUGAACCAGAGGAGGAGGGGUCCAUUCGGGAGGAUGAGUCAGAGGGGGAUGGGGACUGUGGCCUGACUGGACCUCCUGCUCUGGUGGGCUCCUACGGCACCUCCCCGGAGGGUAUCGGAGGCUACAUGCAUUCCCAUCGGCCCCUGGGCCCUGGAGAGUUUGAGUCCUUCAUUGAUGUCUACGCCAUCCGGAGUGCUGAGGGAGCCCCCCAGAAGGAAGUGUAUUUCAUGGGCCUCAUUGACAUCCUGACACAGUAUGAUGCCAAGAAGAAAGCAGCUCAUGCAGCCAAAACUGUCAAGCAUGGGGCUGGGGCAGAGAUCUCUACUGUCCAUCCUGAGCAGUAUGCUAAGCGGUUCCUGGAUUUUAUUACCAACAUCUUUGCCUAAGAGACUGCAUGACUCUGUGAUGUUCAAGGUGGUGGGGUUCUCAGAGGCUUGAGGGAAUUGUGGAUAUUCUAGCCACUACUUCUCUUCUUCCUUUGCUAAAUCAGGCUGCACGCUCCUUCCAUCCAAGUAACUCCAUCUUGUUGAGUAGGCUAUUUCUGGACCUCAGAAAUACAUUGUCCUUUCUUCCCUUCGUCCAUUUUUCUUCCCUCUUCCCUCUGCCCCCAGCCUGCUUGCUUCAUUAGAGUGUUAUUGUUGACUCUCUCCCAAGUGCCUUGCUCUUUGUAAAAUGUUCUCUUGUUUCUAUAAAAUAGGAGCUGGGGGAAGGGGGUUGUUUGCCAUCUUCAGGACCUGACUGGACAGAUGAACCUCAUUCAAGCAACUAUUCCGGAUGCACUUUGCUGUGUAGAAUGAACUAAGAGUGUUUGAAUUUUGCUGAUAAACUUUAUAGAAUUCACUGUGGCAUGCCUCCCUCCUGGUAGGCCCUGGGAUGGAGGAUUUUGAAGACACUAAGGAUGUAGGUGCAGGCAUGCACACACAUCAUAAAACAUGGCCAAUCUUACAUACAGAGGUGGGGUGGAGAAUGGUCAGUAGGCUGGCACCUCGUGGAGGUGGGACCUAAGAGGACUUUUUUGAUUAUGCAGGGAACUGGAGAGAAUCUCUCUUAAGGACUGACUAAUCUCUUCUUUCACCCCAUUUCCACCCCCACCUACCUGGGCAUAGGAGCCCAGAGAGGGCCAAAAGCAUUCAAGCCUGGGUGAAGGUGUUUGAUUAUUGCUUCUCGUCACCAGGACCUCACAUCCCUCCUGGGGCUGGAACCCUUCCGUAGGGGUGUGGCCAGUUCUGCAGGCUGUGAUGAUGGGCCAGGGGGUGUAAGAUUCAUUUCCCAUACUAAGUUUCCUUUGUUCCUGCCUAGCCAUUCCCAAGGUUUAUUCCCAGCAGAAGAGAAUAUAGAAAAAAAAAGGACUACCUUUACUGGGAUCAAUUCUGGUUAUUUCAAGAGGAUGGACGUUGCAAGUGUGGGAACUUCCUCUACUUCUGGAUGUGUGUGCCUCGCACGCUUCCUUCCCCCAUCCCUUCUUAAACUCUUUUUCCAGUUGGAUUUGUUAUUAUUGUGUUCUCUUCUGUCCUGUCUUAUACUGUUACUGUGUCUCCCAUCUCUGGGACAGAUGGCCUUCUUUGUCAUCUUCACUCUCCACCCCCAGAGAGGAGUCAGAGCCAUAACUCAAUCACCCAGCCCUCUCCAAAGAUAGUAGAGUUGAUGCAUGAUAUUCUCAGAAUGUAGGAGACCCUGAUGAGCGGAGAUGGAUUGUUCUCCCCUCCACCCUGCCUCCUUUGGGGCUAAGGCACCCAUUCUUGCUAUCCUCCAUCCCCCUUAAGACUUCCACAUUUUUUUUUAAAACAUAAAGAUGGGUACCAGCAACUGGCCUGCAGGGAUGCAGAGCCUUCUUUGCUCUGUUUCUGGCUGAACUGAUUAGACUUGCAAAAAGUCAUGAGAUCAUAAGGGAGAAGCCCUAUUUCCCCUUCACCUUAAGCUCCAAAGAAGGUAGCAAGAGGAGUCCCCAGUAAGGGGCUGGAGUCCCUUUCUGUCAGGGGCCCAAUGGGUCUUUCAUUCCAACCAUUUGCCUUUCCCCUGCUGAAUGCAAUAAAACUCUGACACCAGCAA